UGCUGCUGCUGCUGCUGUUGCCGCUGCCGCUGUUGCGGCCCGAGCAAAGUCGUCCGGAGCGACGGCGUGACCGGUGACGCCGGCGCCUGUUAUUGUUGUCGUAGCUGCCGAGCUGCUCCUCGGGUAUUGUGACCAGCUUUAUGCGAGUUCGCAGCAUAUAUCAGUUAGUACGAUGCGCCCAUAUCAAACUCACAGUCAUCCUCAUCAUCAGUCGGCACGCUUGGGUCUAUUGCAUAUCUCCUGACCUCCAUGCCAAGCUCGCUGUCCUCAGUGGCCGCACGGCGCCGGUCGACUGGCGCCAGCAGUCUACGGAAACGUUUCUCCCGUCCAUGGACAGCGUGGGGUAUGACAACGCGCUUAAACACUUGGAAGAAAUCGGCUCGACGUUUCGGAAGGACACGCGUAAACGCUUGCGAGAGUUGGAAGACAAGUACGUAGGGCAAAGGCGCUGGGGUUUGGCGAGCACACCUUCAACUCCGCGAUGGAGCGUGCCAAGAAUUUAUUUGCUGUUCGAUCUUCAUCCAACGGAGGCGAUAAAACGCGGUGUCUUCUGGUUUUGGCCCCGUGUGAAGCAAAGCAAUGCCGCCAGCGAAGAGCUGCUGGAGUUGAUGAGGCAUUACUGGCACUCGGACGAGGUGUCACGCCAGCAUGGCGACUCAGCUGAGCGCGACAUGUGCGACGACUUCAUUGACCUUGGCCGCACGAUCUUCUUCUCGACGCGGUGCAAGUGCCUGGUCCUCCCUGACAUGGAGCAGUGCGCGUGCAAGAUCCACUCGCAGCAGAUGGCGGCAGCAGGUGGCGGAAAACGUGGAAGCACUUGGGCACAUUCUCCCAUGCGAUGGCCUGCCCCAAGGCCAACUUGCGGGCAGCGGACCCGGAGGGUGACGGCUGGAUGGGGCGGAAACGCUUUGGACUGCGCGAAGUGUGGGUUCGGGGGGGCUGGCGGUAUUUCCAUCUACAGCAAGCUAGAGAACUCCGAGCAGACGGUGGUGUGGAAGAUGUUCGAGGACGUGAUCACUGCGCCUGCAUCAGGAGAUGGGAAGAUCAAGGCCAAGAAACUCGCCAACCAGACCGUGCCGAAGGAGGAUAAGCUCUGCGAUCUUUGGUCGGCGUUCAAAGGGCACACCAAGCUGUACAUGGCUCACCACUCUAUCGCCAAGUGGCAAAGGCACUGCCACGGGCGUUGCUUGGAGACGUUUCAGGACGGUGACCUUGUUGUCAUCGAGAGUGAUUUUGCCGAGAAGGUGCCCGUGACGGAAAUAUGGAUCAUCUUUGCAUCUGAAGACAUGGCGCAUGACUGCAAUUUCUACCUGCACGGCUUGGCCAGGAUGGCAGAUUACUACCUGCGUGGAGAUGGGAGCGAAGCAACAGCUGCCGCCCGGAAAUAAUGCCGGACGCCCCGGAUUCACAUGUUCACGGAAUGAUGCGGGAAGCAGUACUAGGGAAGGCGGAAUUUCCGCUUCUUGGCCGACCUCGUGCGGCAAAUCGGCUGGCUUCUUCAUCGGCCACCACUUCGCGGCCACACAUCACUUCGAAGGUUGCUAUGAUGAGAUCGGCGGAGUGGCAAAGAACGCCAUGACGAGGAGGGAGAGCUUUGGCAAGCGAAUCAUGGGGGCGGACGGAGUGGUCAGCUUUUUGCGAAGCUUCUUUCGGGGGAAGGCACGCGGGUGGCCAGAGGGCAGAUUGUGGAUGGGUUGUGGGCAUCCACAAGGUAGGGGGGAGGUUGUAGAGGGGGGUUGGGAGGAGGCCCCAACCUUGACCAAACGGCGUGGUUGUACAAGGACGGAUGCGGAAAGUUGGGAGGCAGCCACAACGUUAGGCCACACCUCUUGGUUGUGCAAGCACAGAUCACACGGGUUAGGGGGCAUCCAUAACCUUAGGUCACACCUCUUAGUUGUGCAAGCUCCGAUGAUACAGGUUGGGGGGCAGCCACAACCUUAGGCCAGACCUCCUGGUUGUGAAAGCACCGAUGAUACAGGUGGGGAGGCGGUCACAACCGAAGGCCAGACCCCCUGGCUGGAAGAUUGUGUCGGUUCGACGGUCCUGGACUUGUCUAGACUUGAAUUUAUUUUCUUUCCGGCUGAACAAAAACCCAACAAAUUCGUCUCCAAGCCAAGUAUGUAGAUAUACGAGCCCAAGAUACGUUGGCACAAUGCAUGCUAAAUGAACGCAUACACUACUCAAUUUAGGAUUGUGUGUGAGUGUGUACGGGGAUUCACGAGUGCUAUGUGUGUACCACUACAGGGUACAACGAAGCUCUCCAUCUCAGACCCCCGUUAUGAAUCCCGCCAGACAGAUGGGAAGGGGGGGUGCAUCCGAACCAGCGAGCCCCCUGCAGAAAUAUGCUGAAAUAUGCAUGGCUUUGCUUGGCCCUGCGUCGCCCUUGUGUGACGAGCUAGCUAGCUUUGACACAGGCGACCAGAGGCCGCAGCAUGCCAAGACGAAUAGCGACCAGGCUGGUGACAUUCCUUUCGUAACCAAGGCAAGCAGCUAUACUAUCUGUAGAUGCUUGGACUUGGGGCACAGCAACCGCCGCGAGCUAAACCCGCCGCACGACACUGCUGCUGUAGAACGGCAAGACGAGCUUCUACACGGCGCGCGUGGAGAAGAGUGAGCGACAUUCCGGCAGCAGUUGCUGCUUAGGUUCUAGGAGAGCUUCAUGCGGUUCAGCUUGGAGUACGUUGGACCGAUCCUCUCCACCGAGAGUGUUGAUCGUCAGGACGACGCUAAGCGCUACCUCAAGCCGUGCUUGUUCGCGGACAAGGGGGCAGGAGGUGGAGGAGGUGACCUAGGGGCGGAUGGGGGUGGAGGGUAAACUUAAGAUGGAGACGGGGAUGUUCUUCGUCUCCGAGCGAGAAAAGCGAUGGUCCUGAUGACCACCCUGGCUACAAAGCCUUGGCGGACAUGUAAACCGUGUUGACAAGGUCGAGUCGCCGGAACCUCCGCUACAACCUGCAACAUCGUUCAAAGCGUUUCUCGGGCCCUCAUGGCGUUCACAACGGGUCGAAGCUUUGACGGAGAAGGCGGAGAAAUAUCCCGAUAGCCAUGUCUCACCGUAUUUAAAUUUUUCAUAUGGUGCUAUGAUAUGGUUGUUGCUCUUGCUGGUGCAUGAGGGCGCCUGGCGCAAGAUGAG